AUGGCGUAUAGCGACGACUACAAGCCCAACUUUCCGCCCAUAUACACUGUGGUUCACCCCGAGAACCAGCCGACCUUUCGCGCAAUCGCCGCCCCGAAGAAGGUAAUCCGCGAGGGGAGAAAUAACAUCGCCGCAGCGUGUUCUGGGUGCACCAAAUUGAACACGGUCGGAGGUGCCGAGUUGCUGAAAUGCUCCAGGUGCAAGAUAGCGUGGUAUUGCUCACGCGAGUGUCAGAAGAAAGACUGGCCAAUCCACAAGCUCGUUUGCAAGGAAUCCAGCUCCUCGAUCCCGAAGAUGCUUAACAGCCUCAUGGCGAACCCGCUCCUGAACCACUUCCUCCAGCUCGCCCUCGUGGUCAUGUUCAAUCUCGCCACGCCGCCAUCGAACAUCAAGUCAGACGAAACCGUGGACGAGCUCGUGUCGCAUACCCAGAAGCUCUCGUUUGGCGACGCGACACCUAACGUGGGCGACUGGGCUAACAAGCCCUUCGUCGCGCAGUGCAACGUCGUCAUCGAGCCCUCCGAUAUGAGCUACCUCCUCAAGCUCGUUAUGGGGCAGCUCUCGCCCGCCGAACGGGCGUCCACGGAGGGCAUGCUCCAGCUGCGCCAAUUCGUGCCCUCUGUCUUCUCCGCUCCUGCCAUCCCUACCCCUGAUUCGCCGUCGUCUCCCCCAAGCCCUUCUCGUGCUCUGGACAAGACGCGAUUCGAGAUCUGGCGCAACACCAAGGCCGAACUCGAGCGGCGUGGACACGCGGGGCAACCCGUCUGCCUGCUCGACUUCUGCCUGGCGGGAGAGGCGAAGCAGAGCAUCACGUUCGGGAUGAUGAUUCAGGAGGACGCGAUCCUUCGCAUCAAGGCAGGGGUGGGCUUCGCCGUCGAGUCGGCGUUGAUGUCGAUUCGCAAGGAGGUCGCGCUCUCGGUGACGUCCUGCGUCGAUUUCAUCAAUAUGCACAUUCGAUCGGACAAGAAGAAUCAGCUGCGCCUUCGCAUGACGAUGUCGAAGCAGGACAUCGAGCGCAUCCGUUCGCACGAUGACGAGGAGACAUAUCGCAGCGCCCCCUAA